GGCGGUUUCUGUUCAACAUCGGAAUCAACCAGCAGCAGAGCUUAGCUGAGAGGUUUGGCGACAGCUCCCUGCAGGAGAGGGUUGAAACAGCAGAGCUUGAAGCGUCUCAGAGCGUACUGCGACACACUCGGAGAGCGGCUGCCUGACAUGGCUGGUAUCCAGUCACUGGCGGACUUGUUGUCUUCGCUGGAUCGCAGCGUGGAAUCCAAGAAGAGGAAGAACGUGGAGGUUCUGUGGAACGCAGCCAUGAUCUGUCGUACGGUGAACGGCGUGCGACUGACCAGCUGCAAAGAGCGCAAAGGACCGCACGGCAUGUCGGUGACGCUGGAGCAGUGCACGCUGCUGCGAGGAGCGCCACACGCUCGGCCGGCAGCACUUCGGGGAGCGCGCUUAGACUGCAUGAGGAGGGAUGGCUGCAGGAUGGAGAAUGUGCAGAAGAACGUGGGAAACAGGAAGUUUGCCUUCAGCAGCGUGCAGCUCCUCACCUUCCCCAAACUCUACAGACCCCAGACGGGAGCUAUGGGUAGACACGCCCACUUUGUCAUCCACUGACUUUGUAACUGGAAAAUGAUGCGCUGCCUUGUGUGAUACCUGUACAUUGAUUUUAUUUUUCAAUCUCUCUGGAUGUUUGGUAAAAAACGUUUUUACAAUUAAAAAAACUUUUUACUGGUCUCAUGUCCUCAUGCAGCUGGAUUUUUGUUGCGUUGCUGCCACCCGGUGGUCAGUCCAAAAGCACCUCAAGUUCAAGAACUCAAGAGAUGUGUGGAAAUAAUUUUCAUUAAAGUUCAUAAAAUAAUCCACUGAUGGAAGAAGCAAGAACAGAAGCGAAUGAGUAUUUCUUUCAUUUCUUUUUGUUUGUUUUCAAGUUAGCAUUCAGGGAAAUUUUACUUUCAGUGAACACAGCUUAAUUACAAGAGUAAUAAAUGAUGCCAAAUGAAAAAAGGUGUAGGUGGAAGAUCAAAGUUUAUUAUGCCCAAACA